UCACGGUUGAAGCCGACUCCUCGAAGAUUGUCGAAAUAGUUGAGGCAGACAAAAUUGAAGCUGGCCCCUCGCAGAUUGUGGCAAAAACAACAUUAGAGAUUCCAGAAAUUUUAGGCGAAAUUGCUAUUAAUUUAUCUCCAAAAGAUUUUUUAACAUUACUAUUAGUAAAUAAAUCGAUCAAAGAUAAAUUGGAAUUUCAUUUUUUUAAUUACCAAAAUAUGUGGAGAAAUUACUUUCAUCGAUUAUUUCCCAAAAGACUAUCGAAGCAGGAAAUUUAUUUUUUAUAUAGCUAUAAAAAAUGCAUACAUUGUGACAAAGAAUUUGAUGAUCCGGUAAUAAUCUUCGAAUUGAAAAUUAAAAUUUGUAGAAAUUGUAUUGUUCUCGCUUUAUUGAGUCGCAGAGAUUUUGAAGAAACUUAUCCACUUGACAAUGCGACUCCAUUUAUUAAAAACAAAAUAAUUAAAGCAAUUAAUACAGUUGAUUUUCAACAACUUCAAGGAUCAUAUCUUCACUUCGACUUUCGAAAUCAUCCCGACUUAUCGCAUUUACUAUUUUAUUUUAAAAAAGAUGUCGAAAGUUUCGUUAAGGAAUUCAAUCAAAUUCCUAAUAAUUUGAUAAAUGGGUGGUUAGAAGAGAAAUCAUGUAUUGUUCAUGAAUAUCAAAAGAAUGUUCUAAAACUUAAACAUCCUUUGAUUAAUGAUCAAAAUAUUGAAAUGAUGUUAAGUCGUGCUGCAUUUCAUGUUCCUCUAGAAUAUAGGCUUCGUGAUAACCUAAAUACCAUCUUUUCUUAUAUCAGUAAAUAA